UCUUAUCUUCAUUCACACUCGUCUCAUCUCAUAUUCUCUCUGCAACUCCCAAAACAACCAUGGCAGCAGCUUAUGCAACUCUACUUUCUGCUAUGAAUAUCAUAAACAACCUUCACCAUCAUCCCCGCCCUCCUAUUUCUCUCAACAUUAAACAAGUUGAGUCUCUCACUGAAAAAAUCAGUUUCCUGCUCGAAUUUCUCGAGGGCUAUAACCCCCAUCGUGACUACUCCAAAGAAGCGGAUCCAUUGGAGUGUCGCAUUGCAGAUGCAGCUUAUGCGGCCGAACACGCCAUUGAAUCUCAUAUUUUCGAUCAGCACACAAAUAAUGGAGAAAAUAUGAGUUCUUGUGGCUUGUAUGAAGCUCUGGAGAAGGUGAUACAAGAUAUGGCUUCUAUCGAAGAGGAGGCCAAGCAAAUUCAAGGGAGAGUUGGACUCCAACAUCAACAUCAGCUGCCUCCUGAUUCGUCGAGAUCUUCUUCGAUCCCGCAGCAGAGUAGCAUGGUGGGUGCUGAUGAUCUCAAGCGUCAAAUGAUGGAUAAGCUCACUUCUCAUUGCCGCGAUCUACAAAUCAUUCCCAUUGUAGGGAUGGGCGGCUCGGGUAAGACCACUCUUGCUAGAAAUAUUUAUGAGGAGCGUCUUAUUAAGAAGCAUUUUCAUAUUUGUGCUUGGGUUACCAUCUCUCAAGAAUAUACCAUUAGAGAAAUUUUUGAAGCUGUUCUUCGUCAGUCAAAUAUAAAAGUUGAUGACAAUUUGAGUGAGCAUGAAUUAAGAUAUAAAUUGCAUCAACAUCUUUAUCAUAGAAGAUACCUAAUUAUAAUGGAUGAUAUGUGGAGCAUUGAUGCAUGGGAUAGAGUUAGGAAUUAUUUUCCAAAUGACAAAAAUGGUAGCAGAAUAGUGGUAACAACUAGGCUGUCAGAUUUGGCUUCUACAUUACCCAACUCUGAUAUCAUUGAGAUGAAACUUUUGGAUGAGGCUGAAAGUUGGGAGCUUCUCUCCAAAACUGUGUUUGGGAAAGAAGGUUGCGCUCUUGAAUUGGAGGAAAUCGGAAAAAAGAUUGGAAAAUGCUGCAAAGGACUUCCGUUGUCAAUUGUUGUGGUGGGAGGCCUUUUGGCCAAGUCGAAACAUACAAGAGAGUGUUGGGAAGAAAUAGGGGAAAACUUGAAUGCAAGUGUUAAUUUAGAGGAUGAUGAACGUUGCUUGAAAAUACUAUAUAUGAGUUACAAGCAAUUGCCAAUACAUUUGAAACCAUGUUUUCUCUAUAUGGGAGUUUUUGCCGAAGAUAAGGUGAUUCUUAUCUCAGAGGUCAUUAAAUAUUGGGUUGCGGAAGGAUUUCUGAAAGCAUUAAGUGGGAAAAGCUUGGAAGAGAUAGCAAAAGAGUAUUUAAAAAACCUUAUUGGUAGAAAUCUUGUUUUAAGGGGUACCAAUGAGCAGGGAGAGAAGUUCUGCCAAAUUCAUGACUUGUUGAGGGACUUGUGCUUGAGAGAAGCUGAAAAAGAAAGGUUUUAUAAUUCUGUAUCAGAUAAUGCAGCCAUAAGCGUCUUGCCGCCUAUGUCACAAGCUCGUUCUUUGACGCGGAAUGUUGGACGAGAUCUAUCACCUCUCAAUAUGAGCUUGUUGAGGAUAGUGAAAACAACUGGAGACAAAUGCGACGAUCAAUUAGUUAACUCGCGAUUCCUUCAAAUAGGUUAUUACAAAGGAAGAGAUGGGCGUUUUCCAAGUUCAAUAUGGCGAUUUUGGAAUCUACAAACACUAAUUGUUGACACCUACUAUCUCGGUACGCGUAUUACUGCGCCAAUUGAUUUUUGGCACAUGUUUCACAUCAGGCAUGUCGACGUUUUCAACCUUCGUCUCCCAGAUCCUUAUCAAGAUGACAUUGUUUUGGGAAAUCUGCAAAGUUUGGGGAUGGUAUUUGAGUUCAAGUGUAGCGAACAAGUGGUCAAAAAAAUUUCCAAUAUAAAAGAAUUGGGUUUUCAUUGUAAAGGAAAUAAUGAGACGUAUUGGUUGAGGAAUCUCGAUUGUCUAACUAAACUUGAGUCUUUGGAUUGCUUCAUUUUUCCAUUAAUUAGUGCAAUCAACUUUCCCCAUUCGCUCAAGAGAUUGAUUCUUCGUACAGAGAAAUUGAGUUAUUGGCCGCAACACAUAUUGGAUAAGAUAGGUGUGUUGCCCCAUCUUCAGAAGCUCUCACUGUGGUAUGGGAGUUUCAAGGAAGGGAAGUGGGAAACAACUGAAGGCCAAUUUUGCAGCCUCAAAUUCUUGUCUCUUGAGUAUAGCAAGGAUCCAGAAAUCUGGAAAAUUGAAAGCUCCCACUUUCCAUGCCUUGAGCGCCUUCAUCUUAAGCAGGUAGAGAAGUUGCAGGAAAUCCCUUUAGAGUUCGCAGAAAUAGCCACACUUAGAGAAAUUUGUGUGGAAUGGUGCAGUGAUUCUGUUGUGGUUUCUGCAAAAAGAAUAUCAGAGGAACACGAGGACUAUUACGGGGAAGGAGCCCUUCAAGUUCGCGUUGAGCUCAAUUCUAAGAACGAAGCAGGACUGAAGAGCUUGGAUAGUCCUAACUUUUGUGUUGGAUAAACGUUUAUGAGAAUCACUACUACUAAGCAUAACUGAAAAACAAGUUGGACGCUGCAAUUGUUGUUUCAUUCUUCCAUUUAGGUUGGCAUGGAUCAGCUCAAACAAGACACACGGUUACAGGAUUCGUCUUAUCCUGUGUGGUAUACUGGUCCGAUUCACUCACAUCCAUCGAGAGGGCAACUGCCCACCAGAUUUUGUAGCACGCCAUACACAUGAUGUUUCAGUGAUUUCUUGUUUCAUGCUUUCACUGCUCCUUGGUAUUUUUUUAAAUCUUGUUAGAAUGGAUUAAUUGGAAUAUCCUAAUUCUAGAUAUAGAUAUGUGUAGGUUGGUUUUUGUGCUUCAUGUUUAACUCUUUAGAUCAAUAUUUUCCUAGUAAUUAAAUUUAUCCAACU